UCCACAUCCACUUGGCCUUUGUUUCCCCUCAUCUUAUUUGGUCCCCCAGGCCAAAAUCAAAUCUCUUUUGUACUUGCGUUGUUCACCCCCAGCCUCUCGAUCGACCAUAUAUCCUUUUCCUUGUCUGUACAAUCGGAGAUGGCUUCAAACCCUGUUUGGGUCGCCGCCGCGUUGAUGGUAGUAGCGGGAUUAUCGUCGUUUGCGGCCGGGGAAAAAGCGGUGCCGUGCUAUUUCAUAUUCGGAGACUCCUUGGCCGACAAUGGGAACAACAACUGGCUCCAAACCGUUGCCAAAGUCGACUACUCGCCUUACGGAGUUGAUUUCCGCCGCGGCGCCACCGGACGGUUCACCAACGGCCGGAACAUCGUCGAUUUCUUCGCCGAAUACUUGGGCUUUGAGAACUACAUUCCCCCAUUUGCAACCGCCACCAUCAUCGACACUCUGUCGGGGGUGAACUAUGCGUCGGGCUCCGCCGGGAUCCUCGACGAAACUGGGGCGCAACUGGGCCAGCGAAUUCCCUUGGACGUACAGUUGGACAACCACCUAAUCUCCGUUUCCCGACUCGCCCUUCUCCUCGGCGCCGGCGGCGCCUACACCCGCUUGGGCAAGUGCUUAUACACCCUCGGACUCGGCAACAACGAUUUCCUCAACAAUUACUUCCGCCCCGAGUUUUAUCCCUCCAGCCGCAUUUACACCGUCGAACAGUUCGCCGUCGUUCUGGCCAACCGAUACAAGGAGCAGCUCCAGAGGUUAUACGUUGCCGGAGCGAGGAAAAUCGGCGUCUUUGCAUUGGGCCAGAUUGGAUGCGCUCCUUUCGCGAUCCGUCGGUACGGUACCAACGGGUCGGCUUCUGGCUGCGCGGAGGCUCUAAACGACGCCGCGGUGCUCUUCAACGUCCAGCUGAAAUCGGCGAUUGAUCAGCUACAAGCGACUCUACCGGGUGCCCAGUUCGUUUACAUCGGGUCCGGGUCAGACAUGUUAAUGACGGUCCGACGGAAAGAUCCGACGACAACACUCUCCGGUCUCAAGGCGCUGGAGGUGUUGGAUUCCCCUUGCUGCACCGUGGAGGCGGAAAGCGGACAGUGCGUCCCUGACCAACCAUCUUGUCCCGACAGGUCGAGGUAUGUUUUCUGGGACUGGUUCCAUCCGACAGAGGCUCUGAAUUCGUUGACGGCGGCCGCGGCGUUCGAGGCGGUGCGACCAAUAGUCGCUCACUCAUCAUCAGUUGGGGAAAGUAGUAUGAUCCGCUUGGCGGCUGCGGUUCAAGCGUCGUGAAAUGAUGCGUAUGGUCAAGAACAUGAGUUAUUAAGAAUAAAAGCUUGUUCUCUAAUCCUAUGAGGACAAUUUAUUUCUUUUUCUUCCUCAGUUCUUCUCUUGAUAUUUUGUGAUCGUUGAAGAUACCAGAAUGUAUGAAUGCAAUUAAACCAUUGGCAUGAGUCCAAUGGAUUGAUACCUUCAACAUACCAAGGGUUUCCAUUUUGGAGCCAAAUUAUCACUUAUUACGGAUAUGAGUUGAUAUCUUGUACUGUUUGGAGUUCAGUUGUUGGGAAAAAAGCUUGCACGUACAAUUAUUAUUUGUGUUUAAAAUAAGAGAUUUGUUAUGUG